AGACCCCUGAUCCUAAAAUGAACGCUAGGACUUACAUGGAUGUAAUGCGAGAACAGCAUUUAACUAAAGAAGAGAGAGAAAUUAGGCAGCAGCUAGCAGAAAAAGCUAAAGCUGGAGAACUAAAAGUUGUCAAUGGAGCAGCAGCGUCCCAACCUCCCUCAAAACGAAAACGGCGUUGGGAUCAAACAGCUGAUCAGACUCCUGGUGCCACUCCCAAAAAGUUGUCAAGUUGGGAUCAAGCAGAGACCCCUGGACAUACCCCUUCCUUAAGAUGGGAUGAGACACCAGGUCGUGCAAAGGGAAGUGAGACUCCUGGAGCAACCCCUGGCUCAAAAAUAUGGGAUCCUACACCUAGUCACACACCAGCGGGAGCUGCUACUCCAGGACGUGGGGACACACCUGGCCAUGCAACACCAGGCCAUGGAGGCGCAACUUCCAGUGCUCGUAAAAACAGAUGGGAUGAGACCCCCAAAACAGAAAGAGAUACUCCUGGACAUGGUAGCGGAUGGGCUGAGACGCCUCGAACAGAUCGAGGUGGAGAUUCAAUUGGUGAAACACCAACUCCUGGAGCCAGUAAAAGAAAGUCACGUUGGGAUGAAACACCAGCCAGUCAGAUGGGUGGAAGUACUCCUGUUCUGACCCCUGGAAAGACACCAAUUGGCACACCAGCCAUGAACAUGGCUACCCCUACUCCAGGUCACAUAAUGAGUAUGACUCCUGAACAGCUUCAGGCUUGGCGGUGGGAAAGAGAAAUUGAUGAGAGAAAUCGCCCACUUUCUGAUGAAGAAUUAGAUGCUAUGUUUCCAGAAGGAUACAAGGUACUUCCCCCUCCAGCUGGUUAUGUUCCUAUUCGAACUCCAGCUCGAAAGCUGACAGCAACUCCAACACCUUUGGGUGGCAUGACUGGUUUCCACAUGCAAACUGAAGAUAGGACAAUGAAAAGUGUUAAUGACCAACCAUCUGGAAAUCUUCCAUUUUUAAAACCCGAUGAUAUUCAGUACUUUGAUAAACUUUUGGUUGAUGUUGAUGAAUCAACACUUAGUCCAGAAGAGCAAAAAGAGAGAAAAAUAAUGAAACUGCUUUUAAAAAUUAAGAAUGGAACACCUCCAAUGAGAAAGGCUGCAUUGCGUCAGAUUACUGAUAAAGCUCGUGAAUUUGGAGCUGGUCCUUUGUUUAAUCAGAUUCUUCCUCUCCUGAUGUCUCCUACACUUGAGGAUCAAGAGCGUCAUUUACUUGUGAAAGUUAUUGAUCGAAUAUUAUACAAACUUGAUGACUUAGUUCGACCAUAUGUGCACAAGAUCCUCGUGGUCAUUGAACCAUUGUUGAUUGAUGAAGAUUACUAUGCCAGAGUGGAAGGUCGAGAGAUUAUUUCUAAUUUGGCAAAGGCUGCUGGUCUGGCUACUAUGAUCUCUACCAUGAGACCUGAUAUUGAUAACAUGGAUGAGUAUGUCCGUAACACAACAGCUAGAGCUUUUGCUGUUGUAGCCUCUGCCCUGGGCAUUCCUUCAUUGUUGCCCUUCUUAAAAGCUGUGUGUAAAAGCAAGAAGUCCUGGCAAGCGAGACACACUGGUAUUAAGAUUGUACAGCAGAUUGCUAUUCUUAUGGGCUGUGCCAUCUUGCCACAUCUCAGAAGUCUAGUUGAAAUCAUUGAGCAUGGUCUUGUGGAUGAGCAACAGAAAGUUCGGACAAUUAGUGCUUUGGCCAUUGCUGCCUUGGCUGAAGCCGCAACUCCGUAUGGUAUUGAGUCUUUUGAUUCUGUGUUAAAGCCUCUGUGGAAGGGUAUCCGCCAACACAGAGGAAAGGGUCUGGCUGCUUUCUUAAAAGCUAUUGGGUAUCUUAUUCCUCUUAUGGAUGCAGAGUAUGCCAACUACUAUACCAGAGAAGUGAUGUUAAUCCUCAUUCGAGAAUUUCAGUCUCCUGAUGAAGAAAUGAAGAAAAUUGUGCUAAAGGUGGUAAAGCAGUGUUGUGGAACAGAUGGUGUAGAAGCAAACUACAUUAAAACAGAGAUUCUUCCGCCUUUUUUUAAACACUUCUGGCAACACAGAAUGGCUUUGGAUAGAAGAAAUUACCGUCAGUUAGUUGAUACUACCGUGGAGUUGGCAAACAAAGUAGGUGCGGCAGAAAUUAUAUCUAGGAUUGUGGAUGAUCUGAAAGAUGAAGCUGAACAGUACAGAAAAAUGGUGAUGGAGACGAUUGAGAAGAUUAUGGGCAACUUGGGAGCCGCAGAUAUUGAUCAUAAACUUGAAGAACAGCUGAUUGACGGCAUUCUUUAUGCUUUCCAGGAGCAGACUACAGAGGACUCAGUAAUGUUGAAUGGCUUUGGCACAGUGGUCAAUGCUCUCGGCAAACGAGUCAAACCUUACUUGCCUCAGAUCUGUGGUACAGUUUUGUGGCGUUUAAAUAACAAAUCAGCAAAAGUUAGGCAACAGGCAGCUGACCUGAUCUCUCGAACUGCUGUUGUCAUGAAGACUUGUCAAGAGGAAAAAUUGAUGGGGCACUUGGGCGUUGUUUUGUAUGAAUAUUUGGGUGAAGAGUACCCUGAAGUAUUGGGCAGCAUUCUUGGAGCACUGAAGGCCAUUGUAAAUGUAAUAGGUAUGCAUAAGAUGACCCCACCAAUUAAAGAUCUCCUGCCUCGACUCACCCCCAUCUUAAAGAACAGGCAUGAAAAAGUACAAGAGAAUUGUAUCGAUCUUGUCGGACGCAUUGCUGACAGGGGAGCUGAAUAUGUGUCUGCCAGAGAAUGGAUGAGGAUUUGCUUUGAGCUUUUGGAGCUCUUAAAAGCUCACAAAAAAGCUAUUCGUAGAGCCACAGUCAACACAUUUGGCUACAUUGCAAAGGCCAUUGGCCCUCAUGAUGUCUUGGCUACACUUUUAAAUAACCUCAAAGUUCAGGAAAGGCAGAACAGAGUUUGUACCACUGUAGCAAUAGCUAUCGUCGCAGAAACGUGUUCGCCCUUCACAGUACUACCUGCCUUAAUGAAUGAAUACAGAGUUCCUGAGCUGAAUGUUCAAAACGGAGUGUUAAAAUCACUUUCCUUCUUAUUUGAAUAUAUUGGUGAAAUGGGAAAGGACUACAUUUAUGCUGUAACACCAUUGCUUGAAGAUGCUUUAAUGGAUAGGGACCUUGUACACAGGCAGACGGCUAGCGCGGUGGUGCAGCACAUGUCACUCGGGGUGUAUGGAUUUGGUUGUGAAGAUUCACUGAAUCACUUGUUGAACUAUGUAUGGCCCAAUGUGUUUGAGACCUCUCCACAUGUGAUUCAGGCCGUUAUGGGAGCCCUGGAGGGCCUGAGAGUUGCUAUCGGACCAUGUAGAAUGUUGCAGUAUUGUUUACAGGGUCUGUUUCACCCGGCCCGGAAAGUCAGAGACGUGUACUGGAAGAUUUACAACUCCAUCUACAUUGGUUCUCAGGACGCGCUCAUAGCACAUUACCCAAGAAUCUACAAUGAUGAUAAGAACACCUAUAUUCGUUACGAACUUGACUAUAUCUUAUAACUUUAUUGUUUAUGUUGUGUUUAAUUCACAGCUGUUUCACCUCUUAAACUUGCUUCGAUUUGGUGAUACAAACUUUUAAACAUUGCAGAUCAGGUAGAACUGGUCAUAGAGGAAGAGCUAGAAAUCAGUAGCAUGAUUUUUAAAUAACCCGUCUUUGUUUUUGAUGUUAAACAGUAAACGCCAGUAGUGACCAAGAACACAGUGAUUACACACGCUAUACUGGAGGGAUUUCAUUUUUAAUUCAUCUUUAUGAGAAUUUAGAAUUCAUUCCUUGUGUUUAAAGGGAAUGUUUAAUUGAGAAAUAAACAUUUGUGUACAAAAUGCUAA